AGUGAUUUAAAUUACUUAAUAAAACAAAGAGGCAGUUUAAGAGCACGUAUAACACUUUUUGAAAAAUAUUUAACGCCUUUAAUGAAUCGCAAGGAUUUAUCAAAUUUGAUUUUAAAUGAGGUCAAUAUCAGAUUGAAUAAAAUGCGUGAAUUGUCGUGUAGUUUUGAAGAUAUUCAAUCAAAAAUAGAACUGUUGGAUGAAGAUAUAUCUAAACAAAUGGAAGAGCGUGAAAUCACUGAGAAUAUUUGUUUUAAGUUAAUGGCUCAAGCUCAAUCACUAUUAGAUUCUUUUCAAAAUAAUGCUAUCGAUGAAUCUUCAUCUAACAUAAGUAAUAAGUCGAAUAAUUACAAUAGUCUUAAAUUACCACCUUUGAAAAUUCCACCCUUUAAUGGUGAUCAAAACAAAUGGAUAUCAUUUAGAGAUACAUUUACGUCAUUAAUUCACGAUAAUAACAGUAUUGACAAUGUCAGUAAAUUCCAUUAUCUCUUAUCCUUCUUAGAAGGUUCAGCAUCGUCUAUACUCAGUUCUAUUACAGUAUCACAUGAUAAUUAUGCUGUUGCUUGGGAUUUACUGAGCCAACGUUAUAACAAUAAACGUCUUCUUAUUAAUGAACACUUAAGGUGUCUCUUUGCUAUUGAACCACUACAGCGAGAAACUGACAGUGGAUUGCGGUAUAUUAUGGAUUCAUUAAAUAAAAAUUUGAGUGCUUUAAAGUCUUUGGGAGAACCUACUGAUCAGUGGGAUACUAUAAUCAUUUAUUUUGCAUCUUCAAGGUUAGACACCGUAACCUCGAGAAAAUGGGAGGAGUUUAGGAGUGAUAUAGACUCAGUUACUUUAGAAGAAUUUUAUUCAUUUCUUCGUCAGAGAUCUGUUGUCUUAGAAACUAUGAAUGCUUGUAAAUCUGUUAAGAACAAUGAGAAACGUCAUAGCUUACCAAAAAUAAAUAACAAAUCCUUCAUUGCGUCCUCACAUGAUCUUUCACCUUCUAAAGGGUGUCUUAUAUGUAAACUAGAACAUAAAAUUCAUGAGUGCUCUAAAUUUAAAUCAUUGCCUAUAGAAGAGCGAAUCGCUAAAAUCUCUUCAUUAAAACUGUGCACUAACUGUCUUCGAGGCGGCCACCAAUCCUAUCAAUGUAAGUUGGGCGGUUGUAGAAUAUGCCAUCGAAGACAUAAUACAUUGUUACAUAAGCAAUUACCUUUACAACAAUCAAUACAACAAAUAAAAAAUGAACAAUCUGCAGUUAAUACUAAUAACAAUAGUUUAAAUACAAGUGAAAAUUCGAAUUUUUCAAAUCCUGCAGUCGAGUCCACGGUAGCAAGCUCAUCUGGCACUUCUAUUGCUAUGUCUGCUGUCUCCACCAAUCAAGCUCUUCUUUCCACGGCGUUGGUCAGGGUGACAAACAAGGACAAAACAUUUAUUCUCAGGGCUUUGCUGGACUGCGGCAGUCAAUCAUCUUUUAUUAGCUAUAAGGCUCAACAAAAUUUAGGUAUCUACAAAAUAAAAAAAUAUCAUCAAUAUAUUUCUGGUUUGGGAAAUAUGCUACUAAAUGUCAAUGAACAUUGCAACAUAAAUAUACAAUCGCUUCACAACAACUUUAAUAUGAACAUAAAUUGCUUUAUUCUACCUAAAAUUACUGAUAAUGUGCCCCAUUGUACUUUGCGUAUCGAGAAUCUAGGAGUCCCUAGCUCUUUGCACCUAGCCGAUCCAGGGUUUCAUCAACCUUCAGUAAUAGAUUUACUGUUAGGUGCUGAUAUCUUUUGGGAUCUGCUUAAGCCAAAUAGGCUUAUCCUGGGACAUCAAGGUCCUAUAUUACAGGAAACCUACCUGGGUUGGAUAGUAGCUGGCCCCAUGAGGGGGAAUACUCACGAUAAAGACAAAAAUACUAAAAUAUAUUGCCACUUCUCAAAGGAAAUAAGUAAACAAUUAGCAAAAUUUUGGGAACUGGAGGAAAUUCCUAGAGAUAAUAAAAAUCUCAAAAACAACUACUGCGAGAACUUAUUCAGUCGAACUACUCAUCGUGAACAUGAUGGUAGAUUUUGUGUUCGAAUACCACUAAAAGAGAGCUCAUCAGUUCUAGGUGAUUCAUAUAAAAUUGCCGAAAAAAGGUUAAUGCAAUUGGAAGAAAAAUUUAAGCGCAAACCUGUUUUCAAAGAGGAGUAUCGUAAAUUUAUUAGAGAAUAUGAACAAUUGGGACACAUGACUGAAAUUCCUAAACCUAUAUUUGGUUGCUACCUUCCACAUCAUGCAGUAUUGAAGGAAACUAGUGAAACAACAAAACUACGAGUUGUUUUUGAUGCUUCUGCAAAAACCUCUACGGGUAUAUCGUUGAACGAUAUACAAUAUAUCGGACCAGUAGUACAAAACGACUUGUUCUCAAUUUUACUGAGGUAUAGACAGCACAAGUUUGUGGUGUCAGCUGAUGUGGAAAAAAUGUACCGUCAGAUCCUCGUUGAGCCCGAGCAACGAAUACUACAAUUAAUUUUGUGGCACGAUGAUCCGACCCAGACCAUUAGGGUAUUUCGUUUGAAUACAGUAACCUAUGGUACUGCAUCAGCACCAUUUUUGAGUACGAGAUGUCUUCACCAACUUGGAUUGGAUUGUAGUGAUGAAGUAGUCUCAAAAUGUAUAAAGGACGAUUUUUACAUCGAUGAUUUACUUUCUGGUACUGAUGACCCAGCUGAGUUGAUCCAUAUAGUUCAAUCAAUCACUGAAAUUUUAAGAUCGGCUGGUCUUCCGUUACGAAGGUGGCGUACAAACUGCCCAUCUAUUUUUCAAUUCCAGUCAAAUAUCUCUACACCUAAGGACUUAGAUGUUUCUUCACCAUCCAGUGUCUUGGGAUUGAAAUGGGAUCCAUUAAAUGACAUUCUGCAGUUUUCAGUUGAAAACAUCAACUUAAACAAAAAUGUAACUAAACGUACUAUUUUGUCCAAUUCUGCUAAACUCUUUGAUCCAUUGGGUUUGCUAAGCCCUUGUACUAUCGUGCCGAAGAUAAUACUACAAAAAUUAUGGCAAUCCAAACUGGGAUGGGACGACCCAGUAGAUGAUAAAUUAGAAUCAGAGUGGCGGAAUUUUACAAUUAAUUUGAACACAGUAUCAAAGGUCGGAAUUGGUAGACAUAUACUCAUCAAUCAGCCCGUUAUUAUAGAAUUACAUUCAUUCUCAGAUGCUUCACAGGCAGCAUAUGCUGCAGCUAUUUACCUCAGGUCGAUAGAUAGCUCAGGCAACAUUUUCGUCAAAUUAGUCUGCGCCAAAACCAGAGUCGCUCCAGUAAAACCUACGACAAUACCACGCCUUGAGCUGUGCGGGGCAUUACUGUCAGCACGACUGAGCUCAAAGGUUGCGAAAUCACUCCGUUGUGAUAUAACUUCUUCCUAUCAUUGGACUGAUUCAACGAUUGUUUUAGGUUGGUUGUCCUCUGAAGCUUGUAACUUGCAACCCUUUGUCGCCAACCGUGUCAGUGAAGUACAAGAAUUGACUGCAUCUGGUACUUGGAGGCAUGUGCCAGGCGAUAAAAAUCCAGCGGAUAUGGCCUCUAGAGGUGUAAAUCCUAAGUGUAUGCAGUCAGCUACACUUUGGUGGGAAGGUCCACCAUUUUUAUUUGAGGAUCCUUGUAGCUGGCCUCAAACAAUGAACACAAAAAAUAUUCUCGAUUUACCCGAGAAGAAAACUACUGCUAAAUGUUUACACGCUACGACUACACUCAAUUCUACUAUUCAUGUUAACUCUUUGAUAAACUUCGAUAAAUAUUCAAGAUUUUCAACUUUACAGAGGUCUGUAGCCUACGUUUUACGUUUCAUCUCAAAUUCGCGCAAUAAAGUCGAUAAAUUUUCAAGUUCAUUGUCCACUGUUGAGUUACAUUCUUCACUCCAAUUGUUGAUAAAACUGCACCAGAGAGAUUGCUUCUUAAAUGAAAUCAGAAUUUUAAGUAAUAAGCAGAACUUACCCUCUUAUUCUCGUAUGUUGUCGCUCAGUCCGUUCCUUGAUGAGAAUGGCAUACUUCGUGUUGGUGGCCGCAUACAGAAGUCGAAGGUUAGCUAUGAUAGAAAACAUCCUGCUUUGUUAGAUAUAAAUCAUAACUUCACAAAAUUGCUAUUUUCCUAUCAUCACAUCAAACUUAUGCAUUGUGGACCUCAGCUUUUGUUGAGUGAUUUAAGAAAUGAAUUUGGGCCUUUAAGAGGUAGAAUCUUAGCUAGAAGCACCAUAAAUAAUUGCAAGAUAUGUAGAAUAAUGAAAGCUAAAUGUUUAAAUCCACUAAUGGGCAACUUACCUGCUUCUAGAGUCAUCCCAAGUUCUCCAUUUCAGGUUAGCGGUGUCGAUUUUGGCGGUCCAUUUUACAUCACAGACCGAAAGGGUCGCGGUUGCAAAAUAACAAAAUGUUAUUUAUGUCUAUUUGUAUGUUUUGCCACUAAGGCUUUACAUUUAGAGGUAGCAAGCGACCUUACGUCUGAUGUUUUCAUUUUAUGCUUGCGACGGUUUAUAUCUCGAAGAGGAAAGCCUCUUCAAUUGUUAUGUGAUAAUGGCACAAAUUUUGUCGGCGCAGGCAACGAAAUCGCGAGAUUCUUAAAAACAAAUAACGAAGAAAUCUCAGGUUUUGCAGCAAAUGAGGGCAUUAAUUUCAAGUUUUCACCAGCAUACUCCCCUCACUUCGGUGGGCUUUGGGAAGCGGGCAUUAAAUCCGCCAAAUACCAUAUCACUAGAAUCUUAGGAGACAAACAUUUGACAUUUGAAGAACUAACAACAUUAUUUACGCAAAUUGAAGCAAUCCUUAAUUCCAGACCAUUGACCCCACUUUCUUCUGAUCCUACAGACCUUAAUCCUUUAACUCCAGCACAUUUCCUCAUAGGCAAGCCACUCACUUCAUUGCCAGUAGAAAAUCUCUUACAAGCAAAUCCUAACAGGCUCAGCAGAUUUCAGAACCUCGAGAGCAUGCGUCAACAUUUUUGGCAUCGUUGGAAGAAUGAAUAUCUCAGCGAAUUACAACAAAGGUCCAAAUGGCGCAUCAAGCAAGAAGGGCUAAAGGAAGGCGAUCUGGUUGUCAUCAAGGAAGCCAACGUUCCUCCUUUGAAAUGGCGUAUGGCCCGAGUUUCGAAAUUGUUUCCCGGAUCGGAUGGAGUUUCAAGAGUAGCUGAGCUUUACACAUCCAAGGGUAUCAUCCGAAGAGCUGUGCACAAUCUUUGCUCCCUGCCGGUACCACCAACAGCGGAAGUUCCUCGAAGUCCAAAGGGAUUCGAGGGGGGGGGAAGAUGUUUAGUUUGUGACACCCUGUGCGCGGUUUGUACAUUGCAUGUGAACGCCUUUAUAUUAUAAACAUGUGUAAUAUGACUUCUGUGCGGAAGAUAACGCAUAUUGAAUGAAUUGCGCUGUACGACAUCGAAUGUAACACAUUAGAUUAAGCCAAGAGAUUGUAAUUACGAAUAUAUAUUUUAAAACCAAGAAAUUUUCAA